UCAGUGUGUGUGGUGGUCAGAGGAGCUGGUAUUCUACUCUGGAACUCAGUGUGUGUGGUGGUCAGAGGAGCUGGUAUUCCACUCUGGUGGUCAGAGGAGCUGGUAUUCCACUCUGGUGGUCAGAGGAGCUGGUAUUCUACUCUUGUGGUCAGAGGAGUUGGUAUUCCACUCUGGUGGUCAGAGGAGCUGGUAUUCUACUCUGGUGGUCAGAGGAGCUGGUAUUCUACUCUGGUGGUCAGAGGAGCUGGUAUUCUACUCUGGUGGUCAGAGGAGCUGGUAUUCUACUCUGGUGGUCAGAGGAGCUGGUAUUCUACUCUGGUGGUCAGAGGAGCUGGUAUUCUACUCUGGUGGUCAGAGGAGCUGGUAUUCCACUCUGGUGGUUAGAGGAGCUGGUAUUCUACUCUGGUGGUCAGAGGAGCUGGUAUUCUACUCUGGUGGUCAGAGGAGCUGGUAUUCUACUCUGGUGGUCAGAGGAGCUGGUAUUCUACUCUGGUGGUCAGAGGCGUGUCUUUUUCUUCUUCGUCUUCCUCAGAUUCUCCGCCGUCUGCCCCCACUGCCCCCACCUCUGCUGCUGGGGGUCCUGGGUGUGGAGGUGGUAGACGUUGUUGAGGUGGGGGAGCAUAGGGUGGUCGAUGAUGUUGAUACAGUUCAUCUUUACGUCUGUGCCUACUUGCUUUGGCUUUCUUUUCUUCAGCUUUCAUCAUUACCUCUGCACUUUUCCUCUCUCUCUCUGUCCUUGUCUCUGCUUCAACUUCACACUUUCUAAAAUUAGCCAAUCAUAUAUUAUUUUUCUUGCCUUUCCCUACUCUCUCCAACUGUUCUCUGACUAAUUUCAAUUUAACGACACUGAGGGUGCCUUCUUCGGGAAAAUCUCCAUUCGUUAAGCGGUGCCAUUGUGACACGUCCUCGGCAACACUCGGACCCCAUUUGCUCACCAUCACCUUCAACGGCCCUGUGUAGCAUGUGGUGGCUGGAGGAUGAUCCCAUCUUGAGUUCCUAUCUCACUCUCACACACACACACACACAAAAUAGAGGAGUGAUCAGUUCCUACAACUUAAACCAUGUAAUUGCAUGGCUGCUAAAAUAUUGCCUAAUUUGGAGAACUAGUCCAAAUUGGUAUCGUAACUACACAAAAAGUAAACACAGUUUUGCUAUGAUACUUAGUUUCAACUGUAUGAGAAACCGUUCUUCCUGUAAAUUGGUUAAUAAGUCUAUCCCUAACCUGAUGUUCUAGUCUAACGUGACGUCCUAAUCAGUCCACCCGCAUCACGCUAUGUGGUAGAGCAUGCUCUCUAUCACUUAGCGCAAAGUGAUUCCUCUUAUUUCAAUUCUCAUUUUCUCUGCUGUCUUAUUGGACUUCCGGCGACGAUGUGGUGAGGAGCAGCAGCUGACUAAAGAGGCUGUGAAGCUCCAUCUAUAUUUUAACUAAUUAUUCAACGCCAAGUUACACAUUUUGUUAACUAAUUGUCCAAGAUAUCGGUUACAUGGAAAAACGACUUAGAAACACACAAAAGACACUUUUGAUGAAAAACACUAACAUGUCGUCUCUACCUGCAGCUAGCGAGGAAAAUGGCGGAGAAGAACAGCCUGAUGACCCAGUUCUAAAGGAGAUUCGCAAAAUGAACAAAAAUCUCGAAGCGAAGAUGUGCUGAAAUAAAACGUACAGUGGGCGCACUGAAAACAGAAGUGGACAAUCUCGACAACCAAGUUACAAACGCAGAAGAGAGGAUAACAACCUUGGAGGACAAGAACACCAGCCUAAACGACACUGUUCGAAAAAUUCGAAGAACAACUUCAAUACCAGUAAAAUUAAAGUCAGAGAAACACACUUCGGAUCAGAGGGGUUCCGAAAUCCACAUAAAUACAAAGGAUUGUGUGAAAGACAUUGUACGCAACCUAUUUGAUAACACACCGGAGGAUGUUAACGACAUGAUCAUCGAGAGAACACAUCAGACACUGCGCCCAGGACCAGCCCCACUCAACCCCCGGCCUAUCCUGGUAAGGUUCUUACAAUACACCGACAGGGAGAAGGUCCGGCUCAGAGCAAAAGAGCUUAGGACUUUUCACUGGAAAGGGACAAAGGUGGGAUUUUUCCCUGACUUUUCCAAGGAGGUUCAGGACAAGAGAAAUGCGUUCAUGGAGGUGAGGCAUAUGUGCAUAAAAUGGGGACUGAAAUGCUUGUUGCGAUAUCCUGCCGUGUUCUGGGUUACUGAGAGAGGAUCACUACGUCGUUUAACAGACCCAAAGAAGGCAAAGAAGUGUGUCGCGGACGUCAAUGAGGCCGAACAAAUUGAGUAGCGUGGUAGGCAAUGGAAGAUCCGCAUGGUGUCGGUGGUUCGUCACGGAUGGACUACCAUUUUUCUCUAAGGUGAUAGGAGAACUUCCUAUGUUGCCAAAUAUGAGUGAAAUCAAACCUACCGAUCCAGCAACAACUAACGCUGGAGAGGAAAAGGACUGGGCAGCAGAAAAAGCAAAGAAACCUAGACCCCCCAAACCACAAAAUGCAGUUACAAUCGCCGUCUCCUCUCGCACCUUGUUCAACAUGGUUGCGGAGCAGAAUAUCUAUGAGGAAGAGGGAGUCGAGAAGUAUGUUACCUAUCAACAGGAGCACAAGAAUGAGCCGCUCAUGCCAGGUGUGGCGUUUCCCCUUGUGAAGGCUCUGAUGACAGUGAACUCCAGACUGAGGCAGCUCUACCCCGACAGUGAGGAGCUGUUUGAUAUCGUCCUGAUGACUAAUAACCACGCCCAGGUCGGGGUGCGCCUCAUCAACAGCAUCAACCACUACGAUUUACCCAUUGAGCGAUUCUGUAUGACGGGAGGGCAAAGCCCCAUUGGCUAUCUAAAGGCCUGCAUGACCAACCUGUACCUCUCCAAGGAUGGAGAAAAAGUCACAGAGGCCAUUGAGGAGGGCAUUGCUGCAGCGACCAUGUUUACUUCUGGAGAUGAGGAGAACCAGCUGUCUGACAGGCAGCUGAAAGUAGCUUUUGACGGGGACGCUGUCCUCUUCUCUGACGAGUCUGAGAUCAUAUUCAAACAACACGGCCUGGACAGGUUCAUUGAGCACGAGAUGAAAUUUGAGGACACACCUCUUCCAAAGGGUCCCUUGAAGUGUUUCCUGGAGGCGCUGGUGAAGCUCCAGAGAAAGUUCUACGCCAAGAAUGAACGUGUGAACUGCCCCAUUCGUACCUACCUGGUAACAUCCCGCGGAGAAGCCUACGCGGGGGCCCGUGUCCUCAAGACCCUCAGGCUCUGGGACCUGGAGAUCGAUGACAUCCGGUUCCUAAAAGGGGCCCCCAAAGGUCCCGUCCUGCAGGAGAUCCAGCCCCACAUAUUCUUCGACGACCAGAUGUUACACAUCAAGGCGGCCAUAGAGGUGGGGACCAUCGCUGCACACGUGCCUUAUGGGAUCGGACAGAAGUAUCACAAGGGGAAACUUGUUGAGCAGCCCGCUAGAGAUGCCAAAGACAAGAAGUAGUGAGCCUCCUAGCGGUGGGAAGGUAGCAUAAGUUAUGCAAAUGCUUAGUUGCACACAACCCUGUCAUCAGCUGUAGUAACUUUAUUGUUUAUCACCUUUUUUAGAGCAGGAUUUUGUAUUAUUUCUCUCUAUUUACACUUUAUUACAAAUGCCUUUAUCAGAAUAUAUUGUAACAGGAGAAAAAAACACAUUGUUUAGGACUGUAGAAGUAAUGCUCACAUCAGGGACCAAUGUCACCUAAUGUUCUCUGUCAUAAGGAGAGAAAGGAUCACUUUCCUACAAUCCUCAUUAUCAUCACAUUAUAGUCUUUAAUAGUAUUUGGUCAAAUAUGUAGUUUUUUAUGAAAAUGUAUGUCAUAAAGUGUGUUACCAUUUUACACAGGAAAGUAUAUUUAAGAAAGAGUAUUUUAUAUCUUUAGAGAAGCACAUUUUGUCUCAUAGCCAGAUAAACAUGUAUGUUAUAUUCUCAACACUCCCGUAUCUAGACUUCUCGCUUCUGCCCACGCAUGUCAUGGUUUUGUGUAUUGUGGUUUAACAUAGCUUUGAGGUACUUUGCAUAGAGGAUUGGUAAAGAUAUGUGCACUUUAGUAAAUGUAUGAAAAGGAACACUUACAAGGUAGAAUGCUUAUUGAUAUGAAGUGCUGCAAAUAAAUCUGCAUUUUGGUUUUAAUGCACACCAUACAAAACAAACUUUAACACACUAUUAUUUACACUUAAAGAUGCAGCCCGAGAUCUUAAGCACUUACAAAUUCUUAACAUAUUGUACGAAAUGGAUUUCGUAACAUUUCAUACGAAUUGUGAACGUUACAUUUUUUAUUUUUUGCAGGACGUAACAUAUCAUACAAAAUGGAUGACAUAGUACACAGUUGUGCACAUUUUUCUGGGAACCGUUUUGGUUUGCAAAAGUAUCACUUUAAUAUUCAUUCAUUAUUUUUACUAUCCAUGCAUUGUUCUAAUCCAUUCCAUUUUCUUAUUCCAUUUAAGAAUAUGACUUUUUAGAUGCAAGAAACCUCACCUUGCUCUUAGUAAAGCUAUAUUAGGCUAUAUUUAUUAUUGCUAUAUCAAAAUCUCAAGCAAGCUAGUUCAACAUAUCUGUUCCACUAGUAAAAUGUUACAUAUCAGGCAUUGUGUUCCAAAUAGUUUACAGUUGAAUAUACAUUAUGUAUAAGGACAGUCUAUAUUGUAUGUAGCACAUUAACUAUGUUUCAUAUUUUAGGAAUUGUCCAGAAACUCUAAUUUCUAUCCAGUCUGUAUUUUUUCACUUUUUACUGAACAAAAAGGGUUUAUCCUGUGCAUAUUGCAGUAAGGUUGCAGUGAUGUUAAAUAAAAUAAACGUUUGAAAUAUUCUGAACAAAAAUAUAAAUGCAACAUCUAAAGUGUUGUUCCCAUGUUUCAUGAGCUGAAAUAAUAGAUCCCAGAAAUGUUCCAUACGCAGAAAAAAGUUUUUUCUCUCCAAUGUUGUGCCCAAAUUUGUUUACAUCCCUGUUAGCGAGCAGUUCUCCUUUGCCAAGAUAAU